AAUGCCCGAUGUCAAUCACGGACAGCCAAACCCCGCCCUUUCCUGCAGUCGCUCCAGAUCCAGAGUGACAUGGGGAGAACAGAAAGAAACAACGGCAAGGAAACUGAGUAAAUCUGGAUAAAAAAAAAAAUGCGUGCGGAUAUUAACUGCAAAAACAUGGGAUAACAGGGCGCAAAUAGCGACAAGACAUCCGCGGUCACCCACAAGAACGGGAAAACACGGGUAUCGCCUGGAAAAUUGGAUUGUUUAAUUUUUUCCAUUUAUAUUGCCUGGGAAUUGUGUACAAAAGAGGUUAGAACAACUGGAAGUGAAAAUAAUAUAAAAAAAAAUUCUCGUGGUGUAUGGAUGUGGCUCAAACUGCAUGGAAAAAAAAUAUGUAAAUCUUGCAAAAACACUUCAUGACUAAGGAGAGUUUUCUUUCUUUACCUUAUUAUCUCUGGAAUGUUUGUGGAUCACACAUCAAGGAAAGGAGAAUGCGCCGUGGAUUCGCAUACUGGAUGUUGACAUGUACAAUAAAUAAGUAGUGCGUACUAGUCCUGCUACUGGUGAAAGAGAUGCUGUGGGUGGAAUUGGAAGCUAAAUCAUACAACACGCACUAAAACUGCCAAGGGAACCAUCCUUGUAUCAAAAACACCUCACCAGGAGCGAGAGGAGUAAGUUAUAUAUAAAAACAGAUAUCUUUAUUAUUUAAUUUAUUCAUUGUGCAAGUGAUCUAGCACAACAAAAUACACAAAUAAAUAAGAGAUAGUAUAAUAAUAAUAAUAAUAAUAAUAAUAAUAAUAAUGGUGGAACCAGUGGGUUUUGUUGAAGCUUGGAAGGCACAGUUCCCUGAAUCAGAACCUCCUAAGAUGGAGUUAAGAUCUGUUGGGGAUAUUGAACAGGAGCUGGAGAGCUGCAAAGCUUCUAUUAGGAGGCUGGAGAUGGAGGUGAACAAGGAGAGAUUCCGAAUGAUUUACCUGCAGACGCUGCUCGCCAAAGAGAAAAAGAGUUAUGACCGUCAGAGGUGGGGCUUCAGGAGAGUCUCUCAGCUGAACGAAGCUGGGGGCCCCGAGCCGCCCAACAUCCUGGACCCCCAGCAGGGACAGCAAGGUGAGCUGGACAGGAAUAAACACUACCCGGGUGUGGAGGAGAAGCUGAAACCCAGGCCGCCCCCUGUCAGGAAAUCUUCUUCCCAGAGUGAGGGGUCUGAGCCCUACCCUGCUGUGGACCUACGCUAUCAAGGGGAGUUGGGGGAUUUAGACAGGUGUAAAUAUUACAGCGAGGACAAGUUUGAACUCGAUGGCUCGUCCCCUUCUAAACAGAGGGGGCCAGUGUCUGCCCGCAGGGUGCCAGGGGGCUCCACCACCUCCGAAAAAGAACCGCCCUCAGACUCCUCGCCCAAAGAGAAGGUGGGCAUGAGUGUGGCUGCCUUGAGGUCCAACUUCGAGAGGAUUAAAAGAGCCAACUCUCAUACCUCCGGGGAAGGGAAAGGUGGAGGGGUGGGUGGCAUGGAGAAACCCUUUUACGUCAACAUGGAGUACCACCAGGAGAAAGGGCUGGUGAAGGUCAACGACAGGGACGUUUCAGACAAGAUCAGCACGCUGGGCAGCCAGGCCAUGCAGAUGGAGCGCAAGAGGUCUUUGCACUCCCUGCCGGGCAACUUGGCAUCUGGGGUGGUGGAGUAUCGCAAGCCAGUCUACAGGGGGAGGUCCACAGAGAGCAGCUCCGGCUACGACGCGGAGUGCGAGGACGCCGAACUCAACCCGCGCUUCCUGAAGGACAACCUGAUCCGCGCCAACGGGGGCAAGCAGGAUCGGCAGCAACACUGGCAGCCAUUGGACUGCCAGCCGUACACAAGCGUCUUCGUUGGGGGGGUAGUGGGGGACGGGGAAGGCAAAGGUGUCAACAUGAGGGACCACAGUGGAGACCAGGAGAAACACCUCACCUGGCCGCGCAGGUCCUACUCUCCUCGCAGCUUCGAAGAUGCAGGUGGAGGGUACACGCCGGACUGCAGCUCCAAUGAGAACCUGACAUCCAGCGAGGAGGACUUCUCCUCCGGCCAGUCCAGCCACAUCUCCCCCAGCCCGACCACCUACCGCGUCUUCCGAGAAAAGAGCCGCUCUCCAUCCCAGAACUCCCAGCAGUCCUUUGACAGCAGCAGCCCACCCACACCCCAGUCCCAAAAGCGCCACAAACAGCACGUGGUGGUCUCCGAGGCCACCAUAGUUGGGGUUCGGAAAACGGGGCAGAUCUGGCCUAACGAUGGCGACUCAACCCAUUCCAGCAGGGCAUCUCAUGACAACAGUUUCCAUGGAGACCUAGAUGCCUCGUUCAGCGGGACUCCUCCCACUUACGGGUACGAUGCAGACCGCGCGGAGGAGCAGCGACGGCGGCACCACCACGACAUGCUGCCUUACAUCGACGACUCACCCUCUUCCUCCCCUCACCUCAGCUCCAAGAGCCGCGGCAGCAGAGACACGCUGUCCUCGGGCUCACUGGAGUCCUCCAAAUCAAGCGAGCCUGACCUGGAGAAAGGGCUGGAGAUGAGAAAGUGGGUCCUGUCGGGGAUCCUGGCCAGCGAAGAGACUUACCUCAGCCAUCUGGAGGCACUGCUCCUGCCUAUGAAGCCCCUGAAAGCAGCCGCCACCACCUCCCAGCCGGUGCUGACUGUCCAGCAGGUUGAGACCAUCUUCUUCAAAGUUCCGGAGCUCUACGAGAUCCACAAGGAGUUUUACGACGGCCUUCUUCCCAGGGUGCAGCAGUGGAGCCACCACCAGCGGGUCGGCGACCUCUUCCAGAAACUGGCAAGCCAGCUUGGAGUGUACCGGGCCUUUGUGGAUAACUACGAGGUUGCCGUGGAAACCGCAGACAAGUGCUGCCAGGCCAACACACAGUUUUCAGAAAUCUCAGAGAAUCUGAAGGUCAGGACUACCAAGGACUCCAAAGACCAGACAACAAAGAACUCAUUGGAAACUCUCCUGUACAAACCUGUCGACCGAGUCACCCGAAGCACUCUCGUAUUGCAUGAUCUGUUAAAGCACACUCCAGCCAGCCACCCGGAUUACCCCCUGCUGCAAGACGCCCUGCGCAUCUCCCAGAACUUCCUGUCCAGCAUCAACGAGGAGAUCACACCGCGCAGGCAGUCCAUGACCGUCAAGAAGGGGGAGAACCGGCAGCUUCUGAAGGACCGCUUCAUGGUGGAGUUGGUGGAAGGCGCUCGCAAACUGCGGCACGUCUUUCUCUUCACUGACCUGCUGCUCUGCACCAAGCUCAAGAAACAGGUUGGAGGGAAGAGUCAGCAGUACGACUGUAAAUGGUACAUCCCGCUGUCAGACCUCACCUUCCAGACGAUAGACGAGUCGGACUGCUCCCCCAACAUCCCACAGGUCCCCGAUGAGGAGAUCGACGCCAUGAAGAUCAAGAUCUCCCAGAUCAAGAACGAGAUCCAGAGAGAGAAGCAGAGAGCUAACAAAGGCAGUAAGGUGAUCGAGAGGUUGAAAAAGAAGCUGUCUGAACAGGAGUCGCUGCUGCUGCUGAUGUCUCCCAACAUGGCCUUCAAAGUGCACAACAGGAACGGCAAGAGCUACAUGUUCCUGAUCUCUUCGGACUACGAGCGGGCGGAGUGGAGAGAAAUGAUUCGGGAGCAGCAGAAGAAAUGUUUCAAGAGCUUCUCCCUGACCUCGGUGGAGCUCCAGAUGCUGACUAACUCGUGUGUGAAGCUGCAGACGGUCCACAACAUUCCGCUGACGAUCAAUAAAGAAGAUGAUGAAUCUCCUGGACUGUAUGGGUUCCUGAAUGUAAUUGUACACUCAGCCUCCGGACUUAAACAGAGCUUAAAUCUGUACUGCACAUUAGAAGUGGACUCCUUUGGUUAUUUUGUGAACAAGGCCAAGACGCGAGUGUACAGAGACACCACGGAACCUAACUGGAACGAGGAGUUUGAGAUUGAGUUGGAAGGCUCUCAGACCCUGCGGUUACUGUGUUAUGAGAAGUGCUACAACAAAACCAGAAUCAACAAAGAGGACGGCGAGAGCACAGACAGAAUCAUGGGCAAGGGGCAGAUCCAGCUGGAUCCGCAGGCACUACAAGACAAGGACUGGCAGAGGACAGUGAUAUCGAUGAACGGGAUUGAGGUGAAGCUGUCCAUGAAGUUUACCAGCCGGGAGUUCAGCUUGAAGAGAAUGCCAUCUCGAAAACAGACCGGGGUCUUCGGGGUUAAAAUCGCCAUAGUAACCAAACGAGAGAGGUCCAAGGUGCCUUACAUUGUGCGUCAGUGCUUGGAGGAGAUCGAGCGGAGGGGCAUGGAGGAAGUGGGCAUCUACAGAGUGUCCGGAGUGGCCACUGACAUCCAGGCCUUGAAAGCUGCUUUCGAUGCCAAUAACAAGGACGUGUCUGUGAUGAUGAGCGAGAUGGACGUGAACGCCAUCGCGGGGACCCUGAAGCUGUACUUCCGAGAGCUGCCGGAGCCCCUCUUCACUGACGACCUGUACCCCAACUUCGCCGGGGGGAUUGCUCUGUCUGACAGCGUUGCGAAGGAGAGCUGUAUGCUAAACCUGCUGCUGUCUCUACCGGAACCCAACCUUGUCACAUUCCUCUUUCUGCUAGACCAUUUGAAGAGAGUGGCUGAGAAUGAAAUCAUCAAUAAAAUGUCCCUCCACAAUCUGGCCACGGUGUUCGGGCCCACGCUGCUCCGCCCCUCCGAGAAAGACAGCAAGAUUCCAGCCAAUCCCACGCAGCCAAUCACCAUGAGUGACAGCUGGUCCCUGGAGGUCAUGUCACAGGUCCAAGUCUUACUGUACUUCCUGCAGCUGGAGACCAUUCCCACUCCGGACAGCAAGCGGCAGAGCAUCCUCUUCUCCACCGAGGUCUAGCCCUGACUGAGAGCACUCGCUUAAUCUGAGGAAGUGGAUCACAAUCCAGAGGACCGAACAACUGAACUGGUGCGGAACCUCACCAUAGCCUCCAGACUGCUUCAACCUGAAGACGUUCUACAUGGAAAGAGACCUUGCUAUAUUUUUCGUAGUUGGAACCAGGGACCCAAAGUUGUGUACAUUUUAUAGCCACUAGAGGGUGUUAGCGAAGCGUUCAAUAACUGAACAAGAUGGAAGAAAAGCUUAGAGAAAGCAGUGUUCAAUUCAGGUGCAUCAUAACUUGAUUCAUGUAUAGUCUGAUGGAAAUGCAUUCCAUGCCUGGAAGAUAUUUUUGUUUUGUUCGAAUUUUUUUUAAAUGAUUAAGCUGUACACUAGAAAGAAGAUAAUUUAAACUAGAAUAAACUAAACAAAUAUUCCCUGUUCGUGUUUUAGGUUUGUUUUGAGAGUCACCUAAAUGCAUAGGUGGUGGACAGUUCCGAUACUGUAUGAUAGUCUUUUGUAGCGUGUUAGUUCAACUGCAGUGUCGUAAGUUACAAAGUGCACCAUACAUGGUAUAGUAUAUUUAAUACGGCCGAAGUCAUGGUCAAUCACAGUUGAUUUAAACAGAGAGAUGUAUAUUAUUUGAAGUAACAGAGAUGCUAGUAGACUGUACUUGAAAUUCUUCAGUGAGCUGCCAAUGCCCACCUAAACAGUAAGUUGUCUUAAGUAUCACGUGUAGAGUCCGGUAUUUAAGACAAACCCACAGACCGUGCACUUUAAUUUUAAAAUGGAUUUUUCUUUUAAUACAUGCACACCAAUUUUCCAACAGAUGUAGCCAAUAUCAAAAAAGACUCAAAGGUAAACAAAAACACAUUAAAGGGGGAAAAGGUGCCACAAUAUCCUUUUUUUUUUUUUGUUCUAGUGGGAAGGGAAAAAAUAUAAGCUAUAUAAUACUAUAGUGUAUACUAAAAAAAAAAGGUAAAACCCAUCAUAUCAUAUUUGAAAGAAUCAAGGUUUCUUUGUAUAGGAUACAGGUGAAUGUUUCCAGUUUAUUUUAGCCUUUGGCAGAUAGAGAGCCCAGUGGGGUAGCGUCUGUUCCAGACCUAGUAAUAGAAGUCCUGUAUUCAUGUACAGUUCAGAUUGUUAUAGCAUGAGGGCACGGGAGCUUGUUAGAACAGGAGCAUACCGGCUCACAGGCAUACCCUGUUUAAAUAUACUCACAUGAAGAGACUCGGUAAAGAAUUGUGUGUUGUCAGUACAGUUAUUUCCAGAAAUCCUGUAAGGAGGGCAAAGGAGGAUUACUAUAGCAUCCUGUAGUAUUGCCAAGCAUUCUGUAGUAGGCAUACAGUAUAUCUUUGAAAUUAGAACUAUAAUAUUUCGGCAGUACUUUGAAAAGUGUGUUUUCGAAUAACAUCAAGGUUUUCCGAAUAGUUUGGAGAAAGAAAUGACACAGAAAAUCUAUAUUUUAGCUUCUCCUUUUUUGUUUUGCUUGCUCAAUGACUACGACUCUUGGUUUUUAUUUGAAGUUUAAUAUGAAGCACUGCCAAAAACGUUGUGUAGAUUUUAUUUUCAGUUUGUUAAAAUCAAACGUUACGGGCCUAGCAGUUCUGUGCCGUAUAACAAAAAACCCAGAGCAAUCCCUUCUUGCGAAGUUAUUGUAAACUGUGCAGAGGACCAAGGUAGAAACUAAAUGUGUUCAGGAACAUAUCUUGGGUAAAGAUAUGCCUUAUAUUUAAUGGAAUAUAUUUUUUUACAGUUUGUCUUAAAAUAAUAAAUGCAUGAUAAUAUCCGUCUAAACUAAAAACUAGAAGUGAUUCCUAAACUGAAAGCCUGGGAACCUGGAAUACGGACAACAAAAGAAGCCUCUUUCCAUUACCUGGAAGUAAUUUCAAAAGCUUCCUGGUUAUUGUGGCAAUGCUAUGUGUGUUUUCUCAUGGAGACUAUCAUUUAAAACACACACAGUCUUCAGUCUUGAAGCCACUAGUUUAGGGCUGUGCAGGGAGUGUAUAUCUGUGCUUGACUUGGGGCACGUUUCCAUUUCUCAGUUGUUUUUUUGGGGUAUUCUUCCUCUGUGACAGAGUGGACAGUUCUGCUCCUGAGAGGGAGAGCUUGGGGUAUCCCACACAGUACUGUAUCUGUAUGUGUGUUGGGGGGCUGAAUUCGGCUAAACAGAACCUCUACAGGGCUGUCGAACUCAAGUCAAGGUGGACUGUGUACAGUUUAUGUUUUAAAACAGGCCAGAUUCUUUAAAGAGUGAGUACUGUAGCUUCAAAUACAUCUCCCUGACUAUUUUACAGUGUUCACAUGCUGAGUUCUGUUGCGCCCAUAUUGAGUUCUUUUAAAUCCGUCUUUACCUGUCUUUGAGUGGCUUGUCUAAGAAUCCUGGACUGCACAGCCUUCUUCAUUCAAAUCACGUGACGAUGUGACCUUUCACCUCUAGAGCGGGAAUCUACAGGAUGAUAAGAACUCUAGUAUCUGAGCAACAGAACCCUGAACCACUCGCAAUGAUUUACAAAAAAUAUCAAAUAGUCAGGGAGCUAUAAAGUAGAAAUGAAAAUGACAUUGUGUUUACUCUUUUACUGGUGUAGCUUGAUACAUAUUAAUUGCCAUAGUAUAGACUGAUGGGGCUGUGAGGGAAUAUAGCUGCACUGAAAUGACCCACUAGAACAUUUGAUUGUGGGGAGAGAUGUAUAAAGAUGGCCAUUAAUACAUUACAAAUUGUGAGAAGUGCUGUAAUUUCUUAUUUGGUUACCUUGAGCUCACAAAGUACAAUAGCUAGCAACUUUCACCAAAGGGAUGCUGCAGUAUAUAUAUAUAUAUAGUGUGUGUGGUAAACGUACUUUGUAAUCGCCCUGUAUAUGUAUAUAUAGUUUGUUUUCUGUUGACCUUUCUUUGCUGGCAGUUUGCUGAAGAAUAACAUGAAAGCAAUACCUAACUGUGCCAAUUUACUUUACUGUCCUUUCUUCAGAAUAUAGAAACAUUUAAUGUUAAAAUACGGGGUGUUCCGUCAGAAAUAAAUAAACGCUUUUUAAUUAUUUUGCUAUUAUUAGUAAGAAAUGAUUGCUAUAUUAGUACAGUGAUAUCCUUGCAACUCUAUUUAACAUGCAGGCAUGUUGAUUUCACUUUUUUUUAAUUUAUUUUUUUUUACCUUAUAUUAAACCCAAUAGUAGUUUCUGUUGUUUUACCCAAAGCUGGAUAUUUUGGGCGGGAUGGUAAAACAUUAUAAUGUUUAAUAAUAAUUGUUGAAGGGCAAAACUGGCAAACUUAACUGCCAUUCUCCUUUGCAUUGUGUUGAUGCAGUAUCUCUUGUAAGAUGCAGUCUGUAUCCCCUGCAGUACUUUUCAGCAAAAGUAAAUAGAAAAAGCCUCUGUAUAUUCAACACAUGUUAAUCUGAACCCAUGGAAUGUGGAGGAUGUAAUGACCACGUUGAAUACAGCUCAUUUAGAUUUGUACUUCAGCUUUCUGACAGUAACAUAUUUCAACCCAAAAUAAGUGAACUGAAGGAUGAUUUCAAUAUUUUCCUUAAAAACAUAUUUGGUGUCUCUUUCGUGAAAAAAAAAGUAAAUAAUUUAAGAAUCCAACACAGUUUAUAAUAUCAUAUUGAGGGAUAUGCCAACAUUGUGUUUUUUGGUGAUAAAAAAAGAGAUACUGCAUCUAAUACUAAUAUAUCUCAGUGAUUCAGUGGCAUUAGCUAUAAGGGACUGUGCAGUCUAUAUUUUAUCCAGUUAAGAUGAACUUUGAUUUAACAAAAUAAGCACAGCUAAGAUUAUACUAAUCCUCAAAACAUUUCUAGCAUCUAUACUACCUUUUAGACCAACACAAAGUGUUGAUUUAUUAGCAAAAUGUCCCUUUUUUGCUGCGCUGUCCGUGCUCUGUAAGCUGGUUCACUUUGUGUGAUCCAGUAACUUGCAUCUUAGCUAACCUCUUUCUUGCUGGAAGUCUUAAGUACCAGAACAAUGUUCAGGAUGUCAUUUCAUGUUGUGUUUUUCCUUUAGCCUGUACUUCAGUGUUUUCCGGUGACUUAGCACUCAACAACCAUGACAUCAACUUCUUACUCAGCUAGACCUUGCACACUGCACCAGGGCGGUUUAUUAGUGAGUAGCAAUUUUAAUAAAGUGGUCAAACUGGACCACUAAGAAUCAAAAACAAAAAACACAGCAUUCCAAUAGAGCAUUCCUAUAGCCGUUAUGGCAUGAUUAUUUCAUUAUUGCACCAUACAGUGUUUUUUAAUGACACUAUAGCGCUGUCACAGUUAUAGCGCUGCUGUAAUAUUGAUUUAAUUCAGCUGUUUAUUUAUGAAUGCAGGGUGUUGCUAACACUGCCUAUAAAAGUUGGUCAUAUUUGUUUUUCUUUACAUAUUAUACCCUCAAAUAGUUUAACUGCAAUUUUAGACCAGGAAUCCACACAGGUGGAAGCAGUAUAACUACAAUUAGAGCAGCCAGUACCUCAUUUUGGUAUAUAUUGCUCGUUUGGUUUUACUAAUUACCGAUAUGUGUUGCACCAAUCUUUCUUCAGUGGUCAUUGUUGUGUUACUGGAGCAGCACUGUGUGCUUUAAAGAUAGUUUCAAGUGUGAAACACUCACUAAUAAACCACAUUAGCUAUUCAGAUGAUUCGCCUAUCAGUGUUUCCGUGUUCAAAUUGUAUAGCUUUAUAUAUUUUUUGUAACUUAUCAUUCCAUAUAUUUACUGUGAAGCCACACAAAAUAAAAAGAAAGAUAUUUGAAAUAUAGAGAGCACUGUUGGGGUACAUUAUAUUGUUAUUAUUUUACAUACUGGAAACGCAUGGGUGUAUUAAGAGAUAUUUUAAUGAAGUUUUUAAAAGAAGUUCUGUACAAUAAAAAGAAAAUAUCCCUCUGGCCCGUUAAUAUUUUCUAGUUUGUUUGUUGUUUUCAUACCUGUCAUAAAACCUGUAUAGCCCAGGGUUCUUGGGUUUAUUUAUUAAAGUAUGAAUCGAAAUUAAAUGAUAUAAUUUAGUAAUAAUGACAAUUAUAACGUGUAGAAAAGUUUAUUAAAUGCACAUAUGUGUUCUUGCUUUCUGUGUUCAGGAUACACUUUGUAGGCAAUAGCCCUGGCUCUGUCUAACCACAUUCUGCAAAUUCCUGUAAAUGGUUCUUUUGUUCCAGAGAUUUCUUACUUUGUGUUGUCAAACUCUACUAUCUGAAGAGGAUAUGUAUGGGGCAGUGAAGGGGAUACAAAUGAAUGUCUUUUUAUUAUUUCCUUUUGUUAAACAAUUGUGUUCUGACAAAAUGUAGCUGUAAAAAAGGGAUAACAAACACUGUACUUGGAAGGAAAAAACUAGAAAAAUCAUUCUUAAGGCGUUUGUAGCCUGUGUUUGUACACCAAAUGUUAAAUAAAAACUCCUGUAUAUGUAA